UAAGAAGUUACAGUCUUAUUGAUCUCUAAGUACACAGCGGAACGUGUGUGCUGAUACGGACAUUGUUUCUUUGUCACCAACGCCCAAGUAAAUCGAAACCAAAAAAACUUUAGUUCACUUCAAUGUUAUCAGCAAAAUGAGGACAUCAUCGGUUUUCAUGCUAACCGUUGUGGUGGCCAUUUGUGCUGUGAAUGCCAGAGCGAGUUUUGUUCCCUUGGGAUUAUCACCAGCGGGUCAUUAUGUAGUGUUGCCCCAUAAUCCAAGUGUUCUUGUGAACGCGGUAGGAGUUCCAGUGGGAGGUGCGGAUGGAAGUGCUGCUGCUGCUGAUGCCGCGGUAGCAAUUGCUGAUGCAGUGCAACAAGCUGCCGAUCAUGCAAACCAGGCUGCCGAAUCGUUUGCCAACGCUAAUGCUGAAGCUGCACAAGCUGCCGUGGAAGCUGCCCAAGCUCAAGCCGAUGCUGUUAAUAACCAAGUAGUAGCCGCCUCAGAGGCUGCACGUGCCCAGGCGGAAGCACUUAGAUCGCAAUCAGAGGCUGUAGCGCAAGCUGCUGCCCAAGCAGCCAACGCCCAAGCUGAAGCUGUUAACGCUCAAGCCGCAGGUGCAGCUGAAUCGGCUGCCCAAGCUGCUGCUGCCGCCAACGACCAAGCUGUUGCCAAUGCUCAAGCUGCUGCCGAUGCUCAAGCUGCUGCUGCUGAAGCUAUCAACGCCCAGGCGGCAGCAAACGCUCAAGCUGCCGCCGAUGCUCAAGCUGCUGCCAUUGCUAAUGCCAAAGCAGUUGCUGCUGCAAAUGCCAGAGCCGCAGCUGAUGCUGCUGCCAAUGCCCAGGCUGCUUUGAAUGCUCAAGCAGCUCUAAAUGCCCAAGCUGCUCAAGCCGCAGCAAAUGCUCAAUUGGCUGCCCAGGCUAAUGCUGCCGCUGCUGCCAAUGCCCAGGCUGCAGUCAAUGUUCAAGCUGCUUUAAAUGCCCAGGCUGCUGCUAAUGCUGCUGCUGCCAAUUCUGCAGCAGCUGCUGGUGCAGUAGCCGCUGGUGCUCCAGGAGCUCCUGGAAGUCCAGGUGGUCUCGGAGGUGGUGGUGGUCCUGGAGGUUUGGGUGGCCUAGGAGGUUUUUCAUCUGGCUUAGCUGGUGCUGGAGGAGCAGGUGGUGGUGGAGGUGCUUUCGGAGGUCCUGGAGGUUUAGGUGGUAGUGGCCCUGCCGGUGGCGGCGGUGCUGGAGCUGGUGGAGCCGCUGCUGGUGGCGGCGGCGGAGGUGGAGGAGGUGCUGGUGCUGGACCCUUAGGAGGCGAUGGUGGUGGUGGUGCAGGUGCUGGUGGUGCUGCUGGAAAUAGUUACGUCUCAGGUGUUAGUGGUGGUAAUGGAGGAAAUGGUGGUGGUUCUUAUGGCCUAUGUGGUCCAGAUGGUCCCGACGGUGCUGAUGGUCCCUCAGGUCCCGAUGGCUCAACAGGUGGUCAUGGUGGCAAGGGCGGCAAAGGUGGUUGCGUAGGCAGUGGUGGGGGAGGAGGAGGUGGCGGCGGCGGUGGUGCUGCUCCCCUUGCUGGACCAGCCCCAGUGUGGCCUCACGCCCUUCAUGUUAAUGUGUUACCCUGGUAAAUAUUUUUUUGUUGAAAACUGCAUUCCAGUAGAUCAACUAAACCCCAAUGACUUUGAAUUGUGAUUUGUUUAUAAGAACAACGACUCGACCUGUCUUUAUAUAGGACAAUUUUAAAUGAAAUGAAGCUGCAUACAUAUUGUUUAUCGAAUAAUUGCAAUGUAUAAAACAGUUUUAAAGUAAAAUAAAAUUAACCUUAGUCUUAA